AUGCCCAGGCAGCUGCACUUGCCAGUUCAACGGUUGCAGCUGCGCAGCUUCAGCUGUCUGUCUGUGAGCUUUCCUUCCUUCCUUCCUUCCUUCCUUCCUUCCUUCCUUCCUUCCCUGAGAGCCCCUUUGCCUAGCCACAACCCCUUUGGGCUACUUCUUUUCCACCUGACUGGGUGGAAUUUAGACACAUUUUAAAAAACACAGUGAAAAUGCUUUUUUGAAAAAGCGUUUUGAAAAAUAUAUUCAAUCUGCCAUAAGCUCAUCAUCGCCAUCUAGUGUAAAAUUUGUAUAAUGCACUUCAAAUACACUUAAAACAUUAUAUUUGCAGCUAUACAGCCGAGUCCUGGAGUCUUCACUGGUGCUCUUUCUCCCUUUCCAGGCUGCAAGGAUGGCUCUGGAUGGCUCCCUCCUUUCUCCAGGGAGACAACCUUCCACUGUGGGCAUGACCGGCCCAAUAUGUUCAACUGCCUGCCUGUGGCAAAGAAGGAAAGAUGGAACGCCCCCCCAUCCCAUGUACAGAAGACGACUGGACUGGCAGCUGACUCUUAAUUCAGCCUUCCACACCAUACUUGACACAGCAGACCAGAUCCAAUUUUCUGGACAAGUCACGCAGCAACAGGGGAAUGGCUUGGAGGAGGGAGGAGGGCUUUAGAUGAAAAUGUGGGGGCUGCUGCCUCACCUCAGCAUCUGCCACCUGAGGCAAUUGCCUCAGUUUGCUUAAUGGUUGGGCCAGCCCUGUUUUGGGAUCAGAACCACAGGUGUCUCCACAACCUCUUUACAUGAGGUAGCAAAAAUGUAGGGCAAAAAACAAGGCUCAGGCAGGUUUCAGGGCACAUGGCUCAUGCCUGGGGACCCACAGGGUUAAUGCCUCAAAACCCCUCAAAAUCGGUUUGACAAUCUUAGAGACAAUCUCCAUAGCCUGCCAAACUUAUCGCCAACAUCUGCCUCAAUAGAAAAGACACCUCCUCCUGCCUGGUAAACAAACUGUUCUUUCUAAACAGCCCAGGGGCCAAGACGGAGCAAAUUGCCACUGGAGCAGCUCCAGGAGAAGAAGAGCCACAGAGUCCAUCUGCAGCCACAGAGUCUUGCCAUUGCUUUCGGAACUGCUUUUCUGCCUCUCACGAAAUCCAUCCAUAGAGAGAGACCCCAAAGGAGCUCCGGGUAAGAGUCACAUUGGGUCUGGUCAAGGCACAGAGGAGAGCAGAUAUAAUUUAUAAUUUAUAUAAUAGUUGUGAUCUUCCUUUCAUGUUAGCGUCCAGGAGAUUUCAGCCUGGGUGGUAUAAGAAUUCCCCCCUCCCAAUUACUGGGAGUCCUUUGGGUCCUUUUGAGGCUCUGUUACAGGGCAGACAGAGAUGCAAUUAUAACAUAUAUAUAUAAUCACUGUACUUUUCUGUGUGUAAGACUAGGGGUUUUUUUACUUUAAAAUAAGGUUAAAAAUCUGGGGGCAUCUUAUACAUGGAUAGUGCAUAUGCCCAUUUUCUAAAUUUGGGGUCCCCAAAAGUUGGGGAUGUCUUAUACAUGGAAAAAUAUGGUAUAUUAUAUCAAAUAUAUAAUAUAGAUAGAUGUAGAUAUACAGCAAGUCCCCAUCACAACUGAGAUGGCUGUAGCUGUUAAGGAAUGUUCUAUAAGAUGGGGGGGGGGGAGUUCUGCAUCCCCCCAUGUUCACCACUGUCCUGCAUAACACACAGUAACAACAGCCUUCCGUGGGAACAAGGCAGGUGAAACAGCUCUUCUGAAUCCAUCCUGUCUCCCUCUCUGGGGCUUGGCAUGCCAUGUGCAGGAUGAGCUUCCUGGCCCCAUUGCUACAGAGAGUCCUUAGUGCCUCGCCAUCAGAAGUCACUUUCCAUCUGCAGGAAGAGGAGCUGGCUUAGCAGUGGCUUGACAGGGCUCCUUCUGUCCUUCUGUUUUCUAGGAGUCCUUCUGGCCAUGGGGGAUGGCUGUCGGACCACCUGCCUGUUGCAGGUGCUCCUCCUCCCUCUCUUUGCGGCUGAGGAAAUGCAGCAAACAGGUAGGUGGGGGGGCGGUUCUUGGCCACCAAAUGGACCCACAGAGAAUGGGAUGUACGUCUGAGGACCUGUGACCAGAGCGGAGCCCAAGAGGCACCACAAGGUCUCUCAGGACAUCUCCUGCUCUCAGUGCUUGUGAAUGUGUUAGGGUUUAACUUAAAAGCAGUUGGAGUGGGGGGCAGAGGUUCAAUUUUGUCCAGAAAAGCAGCGUUGAAGGAGGGGGUAGUGUCUUUAACUCUCCACCUCAACAGGCCAUUUUCCAGAUUAAAAUGCUGCUGUUCACCCUAUUGUGGGUCAGGGAGACAUAUCCAGACCCAUCUCUGGGCUUCUUUUCUGGCUUUGGCCCCUUUGAGAAAGGGGGACGUUCCCUAGGGUCUUUGCUGUUUUCUUUACAGAGUCCCCUUUCUACAUUUGUUUAGAUUUUUGAUGUAAUAUAGUGGUACCUCGGGUUACAUAUGCUUCAGGUUACAUAUGCUUCAGGUUACAGACUCCGCUAACCCAGAAAUAGUGCUUCAGGUUAAGAACUUUGCUUCAGGAUGAGAACAGAAAUCGUGCUCCGGCGGCGCGGCGGCAGCGGGAGGCCCCAUUAGCUAAAGUGGUGCUUCAGGUUAAGAACAGUUUCAGGUUAAGAACAGACCUCCAGAACGAAUUAAGUUCUUAACCCGAGGUACCACUAUAUAUGUAUUCCACCUUUCCAACCACACGUGUUGAGCUCAAAGUGACUCACAAUAAUACCAGUUAAGAAACAACAAACAAUGCAAUCACUGUACAGUCAAAGCUCUGUUGUUGAACGUAAUCCGUUCUGGAAGACAGUUCGACUUCUGAAAUGUUCGACAACUGAGGAUCAAAGGGUGGUUAGCAAAGUCAAUGGAGAAAAAAGAACAAAACUCCCCAGAAGUUGUUUGGCUUUCUAAAAUCGUUCGAAACCGGAGCAGUUACUUCCAGGUUUUCGGCAUUCGGGAGCUGAAACGUACAAUAACGGAGGCGUUCAGGAACCAAGGUUUGGCUGUAAUAUCAAACACAGUAGCGUAUGACAAAACAAAUUCAUCAAGAUGAUUUAAUAAAGUAAUUCAAAAUAUCAGAAAGAGCUGCUGAGCACCAGCCCUGUACUAGAUGACACCCUCUCUCUGAGAAAGGGCUUUUUCUUCAUCCAGUGCAGUGGACAGGGCAUGCUCAGACACGGGUGAGAAGCAGGAGGUUGCAGAAGAAAACACAAGGGCAUAGCAGCUUGUCCACUGAAAUCCCCAAAUCAGAUCUCUCCUCCAGAAACCUCCCAGCAACCCAGAGGGGCAGAUUGCUCCUUUCAUCUUCUGCUCAAGGCAGCAAUGCUUCUUAAUGCCAGCUGCUGGAAACCACAGUUUGGAGGAGUGCUGCUUAUGGGCUUCUUCGCUUUGGAGCAUUUAGUUGGCCACUGUGAGAACCAGAGGCUGAACUAGAUGAACCACUGGCUUCAUCCAGCUGCAGGGCUGUCUUUGUGUUCUUAUGCUCUUGUCCCCAAAGCAUCUGCAACCUCUUCUCUUCUUCCCAGUGCCACCUCAUGGCACAAUUGGAAUAAACGCAAGCCAAAUUUCAGGAGGGAGGGCGGGAGUGGUGCUGGACUGAUGAAGGUGCGGCUGGCUUCUAACGGUGCCCUGAACCCUUUCCCCCCUUUUCUCUGUCUCCUGGCAGGGCUCUCCAACAACAGUGUGCGGUGCCUGAACAAUUAUGGGUCGCAGGGCCGCAGGGUGAACUGCACAUGGCACCGCCGUGACACGAUCCUGGGAGAAGGACCCUUCCACCUCAAUUUCUCUGAGUAAGGGCAGGGACACCAAGCCCUGGUCCCUGCUGGGGUGACUGAGGGCUGGCAGGAGCCAGGUUUCUUGCAGGGUGGCUCUGGGUUCCCGGGCAGUGUAUCUCUCAUUUGUGGUUGCAAGCUGUGGGGAAAAGGAGAUGCCUGCACAGUCCAGGGGAUGUUGGUGAUUGAUGGGUUUCAGGAGCCAGAGAGCAGACUUCCUAGGACUUUGGCUGGAGCACAAGGGGCAAAAAGCAACAGCCACAGCAGGGUAUAUCUUCUUGGGAGAAAAUGCCCAUGGUGCUAGGCACAACCACAGAGUCAAAGGCUGCUCUGCCCAAUACCACGCCCAUCCCAGCCCCCAGAGGUUUGUCUGAGUCCCUUCCCUGGUGGCACCUCCGGGCAAUCCUUAAUUUCUCCAAAGUGCAUCUUUAGAUUUUCAGGUUGCAUGGAAACAAAUCCCUGUCCCUCCCUCCUUUCAUCCCUUUCGGACACACAGUUAGACACUUCGGUCAGGAAGUUCAGGUAUGUGAGUGUUGUGAUAGGAGUUACUCUCCAUAUGCUCAGAGGCAUUCUCUCCUUCCUCUUAUGGCAACCGGCCACAUUCCCCCAGCCAUGCUUCAUGCUGGGCGGCCACCCCAAGGAAGGACCUUCUUCCUCCUCUCCUCUGUUUUGCAGCCUCCUUGGUCUCAACAGUGACCUCAUCUGCCAUCUCUCUGAGGAGGCCCUGGACCAGUUCAGCUGCUCUGUGAAUAGUGAAGAGGGCGAGUUCACAGAGAACGAUGAGUACAGCGUCUCCUUGUAUGCCUCCUCCUCCUCCGGAAACGGACUCAUCGUCUUUGCGAUGUAUGAGCCCAGGCUGCACAGUGAGUCUUCUUGCAUGUGGAAGGACUGACUCAAACUUCUCCAGGAUGGAAGAGUGGCCAUGGCUGGAGGCAAGGGUCCUUGUGUCCUCCAGCUGUUGGGGACAGUCUGUUUGCCCCCAGCCUUUUCCCUCCCCUUCACCUCUCUUUCUGAGCUUUUUCCAGCCCUGGACAUCCUGGUGAGCCCUGCUGAGUUCUCCCUGAGCAGCAGCAGCUCCCUGGAGGAUGUCCCAGGAGUGCGCACAUACACACUGUGUUGCUUUUGGGUGGGUGGGGGUCUUCUUGGCUCCCAGUAGCACCUCCUCUCCGCUCUCUAUCUCUUUCCAGUCAAAUGUGAGCCACCGUUUGACCUGCAGAGCAACAUGAGUUCCAGCAAGUGCUGGAUGCAGUGGAGGAGGCCAGAGGCCUAUGAAGACAUUUUCCUGGACGACUGGCAAUGGGAACUGGCAUUCAAGACCACAGAAGCACCCUGGGAGGUAAGAGGCCACUGAAAUGGGCUGAAAGCGGGAGGCAUUUCACCACCUCUUGCCUUCUCAAGGAUCACAAUGCCCUGGAGGAUAGGAGACAGGAGGGGUCUUGGCUGACACACAGCACAGAGACGUCUGGUCAAGGUUUGCACACUGACGGGGAUGGCAAAUGGCUGAGCAGCAGGGAUAUCUACAACUGAGAAAAUAGGGUUGUAUGGAAGCACAAGCAAACGUUGAGUCUGAACAAGCUGUUAGCGGCAUAAGGUCUCCACCCGGAAGCCCCCAUCUCCUUCUGGCAUUUGCUAUGACUUACAGGGCCUGCCCAACUGAAUUCUGUCUAAUGGGAUCAUUGCUUGUGCUCCGAUCCUUCACAGCAGAAACAGAACAAGGUCUGGGUCAACAAAGAAAUGCGGGUGGCGGGUGGCACUGUGGGUUAAACCACAGAGCCUAGGGUUGUUCGGUCCCUGCUCUUGCCAACCUAGCAGUUUGAAAGCACAUCAAAGUGCAAGUAGAUAAAUAGGUACCACUCUGGUGGGAAGGUAAACGGCAUUUCCGUGCGCUGCUCUGGUUCACCAGAAGCGGCUUAGUCAUGCUGGCCACAUGACCUGGAAGCUGUACGCUGGCUCCCUCAGCCAGUAAAGCGAGAUGAGCACCGCAACCCCAGAGUCGUCCACAACUGGACCUAAUGGUCAGGGGUCCCUUUACCUUUUACAGGGCCUGUCCAACUGAAUUCUGUCUAAUGGGAUCAUUGCUUGUGCUCCAAUCCUUCACAGCAGGCACAGAACAAGGUCUGGGUUAAUAAAGAAACAUGGGUGGAAAUUGAGGGCUUCGAGUUCGAGUCUGGCGUAGAGUACGUGGCAAGAAUUCGCUGCAAAACUCCAGAUGUGAAUAUGCACUACAGAAGCCAGUGGAGUCCAUGGAGCGCCACCACCAAGUGGAAAGCCCCCCCAGGUCUGGUACAAAGCUGUGCUGCAUUUGAUGUGCCACACACCCAGGUCCACACACACACAAAUUCCACUUCUCUUGCUUGCACUCAUUUGUGUCAUAGGUUUUGUUUUUCUUAAGCUCAAAGGAAAUUACAACUCACAAAACAAAGCCCCCCCCCCAUUUGAAAAAACAGGGCCACAUCUCUUGGGGGGGAAGGUCUUUGGUGUUUCUCAGAACUAGUCAGGUGAGCUUCUCAAGGGACAGAUUUUUAAAAUCUGCCUUCCCGGGCAAGACACAGACUCUCUGUGGCUACCAGUUUCAUCCCCCAAAGAUUUAUUUAGUAUUUUACUGGAGCUGAAUAUAUCCCACACACCACACAGGCUGAAUAAGCUCUUGGUGAAAUGUGUGUCUGCUUGUUUGCCAUUCCAAAGUGAAACCUACAAAAAGGCAACUGUGCUCAUUCCUUCGGUUGCCAGCUCCUUUUCUGGCAAACCGAGGGCAAUCCUCCACUGUACUGAUGUGCUAAUGAUUCUAUCCACAGGCAACGGGCAGCAGCAACAUCGGGAGUCCCACCUCCUGAAGCAUGUGUUCAACCUGCUCUUUCUCUGCCUGGGCAUCCUGCUGUUCCUGCUCCUGGUACUCACAAUCUUCUGGAGGUAUAUCACUCACUCAUUCAUUCAUUCAUUUCGCCUGGAGAUGUUGCAUACAGACAGCCAGGAGGGCCCAGGCACCAGUAUUUGUGUUUUGCUCAUCACAUGAGGUCAGAGAAGGAGUUGGGGUCUCUGGCCCAGGCUUUGCUACCCUGAGUUGCAGUCCCUGGUGCCCACACAAUGUGCCUAGUGCAUGCACAAGCACAGAAAACAGAGACACAGGAAAGGGAGGCUUUUGUGGUUCCCACAGCAGGAAAGGGGUAUCUGUCGCAUAAAAGGCACACAGAGUACAGUAUAUCUAUCUCCUUCUGCCCUGCCCUGAAGUGGGAUUGGGUGUGGCUGAUGCUCAGCCUUUUGUGUGCAUGGAGGCACCACUUCCUUCAGUUGCGUGAACGCCUGCCCUUCUAGGGCAUUUGCAUACAACCAGACUCUACUCUCCAGCUCUAAAUUGGCCCAGCAGGUGGGCAGGAGUUUGCCUGUGCUUUCUCUUUUCCUCACUGGGGUUGACAUGGACCAAGGAGGUGGAAUAGGGGCAGAAGGAGGAGACAAUUAUUUGUACACCACCAGCAUCCAGGGAAGAUGGACUGUGGGAGGCUGGAAGAAGAGAAGGGGUAUUUUCCCAUGGGCUGUGGUUCUCUCUUUCCACAGGUCCAAGGGCCAUUGCAGCGCAAACAUCCCCAGCCCAGCGGCUUAUUUCCAGCCCCUUUAUCUCUCACACAGUGGGGAUUUCAAGGUAACAACCAUGAUCUCAGGAGCAGUCAGAUAGAACCUGAUGAUGGCUGAGUACCAAGCCAGGGAGGGUGGGGUGUAAUUCUCAGGCUGCCAUGGAGAAGUGGGCCUCCUAUCCUUUCAGAAGAGAAGGGGGUUUCAGCUGCAGAGAUGGCUUCCUGGGCAAGGUUUUGGUAUUGUCGUCUGGGAGUCUUCCUGGUCCCUCUCUGGUAGUGGUGGGAGAUGUGGGUGUCAGGCUGGCAGCUUUGUGGCCUAGGCAGGACCUGGCCUCCUCACCUGAAGGCAGGUUGUAAACUGCUUGGAGAAUUCUUUGGAAUAAUAAUAAUAGUAACAAUAAUAAUUUUAUUAUUUGUACCCCACCCAUCUGACUGGGUUGCCCCAGCCAGUCUGAGUGGCUUCCAGCAUAUAUAAAAACAUAAUAAAACAUUAAACAUUAAAAACUUCCCUAUGCAGGGCUGCUUUCAGAUGUCUUCUAAAGGUUUUAUAGUUACUUACUGUAUCUCCUUGACAUCUGGUGGGAGGGCGUUCCACAGGGUGGAUGCCACUACUGAGAAAGCCUUUCCUUGUUCCCUAUAACCUCACUUCUCCGCAGUGAGGGAACCGCCGAAGGCCGUCAGCGCUAGAUUUCAGUGUCCAGGCUAAACAAUGGGAGUGGAGACACUCCUUCAGGUACAGAGGGCCAAGGCCGCUUAGAGCUUUAAAGGUCAGCACCAGCACUUUGAUUUUUGUUUGAAAACGUACUGGGAGCCAAUGUAGGUAUUUCAGGACCAGUGCGUAUAGUCCCAGCAGCCGCUCCUGGUCACCAGUCCAGCUGCUGCAUUCUGGAUUAGUUGUAGUUUCCGAAAUGUAGUUUUGGAAAUCUGAAGCAGCGCACAAAUCAUGUAAAUAAAAGAAACUAAUCUCAACCAACCAAGUUCUCCAGGUGUCUAGGGAUGAACAUACACACACACCCUGCAAGUAGCAGGAAGCCCAAAAAGAGGUGCACACUGACUCUAGCAGUAGCCGAGGGGGCAGCAGGAUCAUGCCCAUGCUGGCUUCCGGCAUGGAAAGCCAUUCCAGGUGGGGAACCUGAGGCUAUUUUCUGCUCUCUUCCAGCGCUGGGCUGGCCUGGCAGAAAAGACCGGUAGCAACGAGGACAAGGAGAUGCCCUGGGACCACAGCAAGGGGGGUGAGGAGGAUAAAGCCCCCCCAGCAGGCAUUUCCCGGCUUUCCUUCUGCCAGCCGCUGCCAGAGGAUGAGGCCCUGUCCAAAGAGAGCAGUUGCCCCCCGCCUGAGAUGCCAGACUAUCAAUAUAUGGCCAGCAAACAGAGAGGCCUCGAGGAAGACCUGAAACAGCCACAGCCUGAAACAGAGGCACCCCUUCCCUCUGGGGAAACAGAGCAGGAGAGCUCUUCUUCUUUGCCAUGCGAGUGGGGCUUCGCCUUCCAAGAACAGGGCUCACUGGAGACGGAGACACCUGCCCUCCUCCUCCUCUUUGGCAGCAAUGAUUACUGCGCCUUGGGAGGUGACCACAGCCAGCCAGGCUCCAGGCCUGCUGCUGAGCAGCUGCUGCAAAGCAUCUCAGCAUGGGGGCCGGGCCAGGCUGCAAAGGACUCCCCCCAGGCUGUUCUGGGCCCCACUAGCCAUGUCUGA